CGCAGAAUCCAGUCUCGACUGAAGGAGCAUAGCUACUAAUGGCAGGGAGAGAAGUCACUGUAGUAAAGGAAGGCUGGCUGCAAAAGAGAGGAGAAUACAUUAAGAACUGGCGACCAAGAUGGUUCAUUCUGUAUUCUGAUGGCAGCUUUAGAGGAUUCAAAAACAAACCAGAAGAUAAAUUUAAAAGUGACCAAGAUCCACUCAACAACUUUAGGAUAGACGCUGAUGCUCAUGUUAUAAUAGCAACAGACAAAAGUAAAAAGUUUGGAUUUAUAGUGAGGUGUCUACAAAUAACUACACUCAUUGAAAGGAACCUUGCCACUGACACUGAGACUGAGCGAGUCGAGUGGAUAUCUGCUAUUAAGAAAGUAAUUAGUUAUCUCAAGAAAGCACAAGUUGAAGAGUUUGACCAUCUGUCACCAAAAACAGCUGAAGCCUUAGCCUUUGCUUCAAAAACUCACCAAAAACCCUCACUUAAAACAAUGGAGGACUUUGAAAUGUUGAAGGUACUAGGUAAAGGUACUUUUGGUAAAGUUGUUCUCUGUAGAGAGAAAUCAACUGAUGAAAUAUUUGCUAUGAAGAUACUUAAGAAAGAUGUGAUUGUUGCCAAGGAUGAAAUAACGCAUACUUUAACUGAGAACAGAGUAUUACAAUCAACCAAACAUCCUUUCCUCACUCAACUCAAGUAUUCAUUCCAGACAGCAGACAGGCUUUGCUUUGUAAUGGAGUAUGUUAAUGGUGGAGAACUCUUCUUUCAUUUAUCAGUUGAGAAGAUGCUCACUGAGGAAAGAACUCGUUUCUAUGGAGCAGAGAUAACGCUGGCCAUUGGUUACUUGCACAGUCUUGGUGUUGUUUAUAGAGACCUGAAGUUGGAGAAUUUGCUGUUGGAUAGAGAUGGUCAUAUCAAAUUGACGGAUUUUGGAUUAUGCAAAGAAGAGAUAUCUUAUGGAGCAACAACUAGAACUUUCUGUGGAACACCGGAAUAUCUUGCUCCAGAGGUAUUAGAAGAUAAUGAUUAUGGACGUGCAGUGGAUUGGUGGGGAUUAGGUGUUGUAAUGUAUGAAAUGAUGUGUGGGCGUCUACCAUUUUAUUCACGUGAUCAUGAAGUACUGUUUGAACUUAUUUUAGUCGAAGAAGUAAAGUUCCCGUCCCGACUAUCAACUCUUGCUAAGGACCUAUUGGAUCGUUUGUUAACUAAAGCUCCGGAGAGAAGGCUGGGGGGCGGUCCUGAUGGAGUUGAAGAAGUGAAGGCUCAUCCUUUCUUUUCCGUCAUCAAUUGGGAUGACCUCUACAACAAAAAAAUAACUCCAUCAUUUGUCCCAAAUAUCAAAAGUGAGAUUGAUACUAAAUACUUUGCUCCUGAAUUCACUGGAGAAGAACCAAAACUAACACCACCCGAUGCUGAUGAUCCAGAUGCUGGUGUUGGGAAUUUACACUUUCAGGACUUUAGCUUUGUCCCUGAGAGAGAGGAGAGGGUAAUGGCAGAGAAAGGUGCCCCUCCCAAAGAGAGUGGCGAUAGACUUAUAGUGAAAGAGGGGUGGCUCCAGAAGAGAGGAGAAUACAUUAAGAACUGGCGGCCCCGCUGGUUUAUACUCUAUUCUGAUGGGAGCUUUGUUGGUUUCAAGGCUAAGCCAGCGGCUGCUGAUCUAGCACUGCAGGAUCCACUAAACAACUUUAGAAUAAAUGCUAACGUGCAGCAACUCAAACAGGACAAGAUUAAGAAGAAUGCUUUCAGUGUGAGGUGCCUUCAAUUUACAACUUUUGUAGAGAGGAAUCUCUGUACAGAAACUGAAGCAGAAAGGACAGAAUGGAUGAGUGCCAUUGACCAGGUGGUAAAGACUUUGAAGGACGCUCAGAGGAAGGAAGACUCCCGUGUACAAAAUACUGAAGAUGCAAAUACAUCACCUAAAUCACCUUCUGAAUCAGUAAAAGCAACUCAAAAGACAAUGGAGGACUUUGAAAUGUUGAAGGUACUCGGAAAAGGUACUUUUGGUAAAGUUGUUCUCUGUAGAGAGAAAUCAACUGAUGAAAUAUUUGCUAUGAAGAUACUUAAGAAAGAUGUGAUUGUUGCCAAGGAUGAAAUAACGCAUACUUUAACUGAGAACAGAGUAUUACAAUCAACCAAACAUCCUUUCCUCACUCAACUCAAGUAUUCAUUCCAGACAGCAGACAGGCUUUGCUUUGUAAUGGAGUAUGUUAAUGGUGGAGAACUCUUCUUUCAUUUAUCGCGUGAGAGGGUUUUCACUGAGGAUAGAACUCGGUUCUAUGGCUCUGAGAUAACGCUGGCCAUAGAGUACCUACACAGUUUAGGUGUGGUGUACAGAGACCUGAAGUUGGAGAAUUUGCUGUUGGAUAGAGAUGGUCAUAUCAAAUUGACAGAUUUUGGAUUAUGCAAAGAAGAGAUAUCUUAUGGAGCAACAACUAGAACUUUCUGUGGAACACCGGAAUAUCUUGCUCCAGAGGUAUUAGAAGAUAAUGAUUAUGGACGUGCAGUGGAUUGGUGGGGAUUAGGUGUUGUAAUGUAUGAAAUGAUGUGUGGGCGUCUACCAUUUUAUUCACGUGAUCAUGAAGUACUGUUUGAACUUAUUUUAGUCGAAGAGGUUAAAUUUCCUGCUAGACUCUCCCACUUAGCCAAGAGUCUGUUGGGUGGAUUACUCACUAAACUACCUGAGAAAAGAUUAGGAGGUGGUCCUGACGGAGCUGAGAGCAUCAAGAAGCAUCCAUUCUUUGGUAGCAUCAACUGGGAUGACCUUUUCCAGAGAAAGGUGUCAGUUCCUUUCAAGCCGACAAUCACUAACGAAGUAGACACUCAGUAUUUCGAUGAAGACUUUACUAAGGAAGAACCAAAACUCACUCCACCUGAUGCUGAUGACCCUCAAGCAGGUGUUGGUGAAAACGUUCAUUUUCAGGAUUUUACUUUUGCGCCAGAAAGUGGUUCAAAUUUCAAAUAAUUCGAUUGGACGGAUUAUUAAUAAAUUUAUUAAUAUUAUUGAUAUUAAUUGUCCUUUCAUACAUAAUAAACAAUA